AUGUCGCACCCUCAGGAUCCCCCGUCCCACACCACCCUGCCGCCCUUGCAAGGCCAGAGUGGCUUUCAGUUCGGCAAUCUCUCCUACGGCCACCCGGGCAGCCAAACGGGCACGCCCACCACCCCACACCCGCCCGCAACCUCAUCCAUGCAGACCAACAGCUCCACCGCCUACUCUCACAUGAGCCCCUCCAACCCCCAGCCGGGCUCCAUGCUUCCGCCAUCCUCCUACAAUCACCCCUACCCCAUGACGCAGUCCAUGCCCUAUCCCAAUUCCACGGCCACCUCCUUGCCGCCCGCCACCUCCAUUGCCCCCGGCUUGCCCUCUCUCCGCCCAAUGCCCCCCACUGGCCUCCCGAGCCUGUCGAGCAACAAUCACUACGGCCAGCAACCGGCAUUCAUGCAGAACGAGGAAACUCCCACGCACGUUGUCGGGUCUCAAGGGCGCCGCGGCAUCCUGCCAAGUGCUCCAGGCCGACCCAAUGCCCCGGCCCAGGGCAGCGCACAGGGUGGAAAGAGCAUGAUUCCGCAAAAGGACGCCGACGGGAAAUACCCUUGCCCGCACUGCAACAAGACAUAUCUGCACGCGAAGCAUCUCAAGCGCCAUCUUCUGCGGCACACCGGCGACCGUCCGUACAUGUGCUUCUUGUGCAAAGACACCUUCUCGCGCAGCGACAUCUUGAAACGUCACUUCCAGAAGUGCUCCAUCCGCCGCGGCAACCCCACCGGCGCCAAUCAUCUGGCCCACCAGCCCCGGAACUCCAACAACUCCAACAGACUUUCGAUGACCCAACAAGACGGCCCCAUCGGCUUGGCUGGCCUCCAAGAGGUUGCCGGCACGUCGUACAACGGCGGCGUCAAUCAAAACCCCGCAGUCAACGGCGACAUGUCGGCAAGAACGUCGCGUGCCAAUAGCAUCAUCUCGCCGAACCACAUGGGCCACCGCAACAGCAUGGCAGGCAUGGGCUUACUGGGUUCGACUGUUGCGAACAACGAGCAAAUGGGUUCCUCGGGCGGUCUUCAACCAGGCAUGCCAGCCUAUUCUAUGCCCACGAGCUCCUCAACUUCUGGCCCCGUACAGUCCAACUACGCCUUCCAGAACCCACAGAUGAAUGGAAGUGUCUACAACGGCCAACAGCAACAGCCGCAGAUGCCAUAUCUACCUCAACAGAGUUCACGCUACGACGGCAACCACACCAGCAGCCCGCACCCGCAAGCGCCCAACGGCGACGGUAGCGGCAGCAACGUAGACUGGUCCCGCGUCUUCAGCCAAGGCGGUCAAGACGGCUUCAUGGGCGGCCAGCCUGCGACCGCCACCUCGCAUGCGCUUGUCAACCGUGCUGGCCAGGACGAAGACCACGUGGACCCUCUUCUGACGCGCGACGACUCUCUCUUUGGUUCUCUGUAUACGCAUGCGAGCGCAACGGUGUGCAAACCGCGAUGGGACGGUGGUGGUAUUUUCGGGUCUUCCGACUGGUAUCUCGAAGAUCCUGUGCAAGUCAAAGUCGACAGUUUGGCGGAGUACUGCUUUCCGGACGGUGUGGAGCCAGCACCGAGCGAGUCUGCCGCAAGACUGGUCAAGAGCUUUUUGACCGUCUCGGGAAUCAAGCACAUGGCAAAGCACUACUGGUCCUUUCACGAACAUUGGCCGAUGCUGCACAUGCCAACGUUCAAGCUCGCGGAAGCCAGCAACCCCCUGCUUCUGGCCGUGCUCGGCAUUGGCGCAAUCUAUAGCACGAGUUUCGACAUCCACCAGACUAGGGAGAUUAUGCAAUUCGUCAAGGCCGUAGUCCACAGAAACUGUCACAUCUACCGUCGCUACGUGAACGAAGACACCGAAGGCCUAGGCUCCCGUCCGCGGGACAUCGAGGAACUCCAGGCGCUCCAUAUUAUCCAGACAACGUUCAUAUGGCAUGGAGAGCCGCAACACCGCCAAGCCGCGCGAGACGAGUUCCCCGUUGUCAUGGCUAUUGCCAAGGCAGCUGGACUUGCAUAUCCUGCACCGCCAGGCCAUUAUGCGUACAGUGUGCUUCACAAUGGACAGGGCGACAUCGAUGCGUCGGUAGAGUUGAAGAGCUGGGACUGGCAACGAUGGCUGGAACAGGAGAAGCGCAAUCGCCUGUUCUACCUGCUUCUGCUGACUGACGCCGCGUCGGGCAUCUACUUCAACUCCGGCUUUCACCACGAUCCUCUCGAGACCCGGUUGGCGUUACCAUCAGAUGACGCAGCUUGGGACGCAAAGAACGCCGAGGAGUGUGCGAGCGCGCUUGGCCUGCUUGGUCCGGAAUAUCAGACGAACAAUGAGACCGGUACGAGGCGACCGCGCCAGCCCGCGAUGCGUGACGCUCUACGGACCCUCCUAGAACCGGACGCCAAGUUCCAAGUCAAUACGACGAAUGUGUACUCAAAGUUCAUCUUGGUACAUGCGCUACUCACGCAAAUCGUCUUGUGUCGACGCACUCUCGCCAAUGUGGAUGGCUACGUGUUGGACUAUUACCUCGGUCCCGGCACCCCGGUCACACCAAUGGGGCAGAACAAUUGGGUGCAACAGGGCGUUGAUGCUGGAACAGGCAGUAACUCGAGCAGUCGUACUGCGACUCCCGUUAAUGGCGGACCUCUCAUCGCCGCAGCCCACCGCCGGAAGGUGCACCUCGGUCAAGCUCUGGACAAGUGGAAGAUGAGCUGGGACGAGGACAUGGGCCUGCAGCACCCCCCGAGCCGCUCCCAGAACCGGCGCUUCGGCUUCACCAAGGAUGGUGUUAGCUUUUUCUACCUCGGCCGCAGUUUUCUGCGUUCUCAAGACGUUGUCCAAUGGUCUUCUCCCGCGGACCUCCGCUUCCAGCAGGUCAUGAUGCUGUUGAAGCAGAUCAAGGCGUUUGUCGCGGGUGAACAGGGGACGAAAGGGGUUGAUCUUGGAGCUGUCGGUGAUAUCCACGAGCAGUACGGGCUGGACAGUCUGACGCUCGACAGUGAGUCCAUGUUAUUGGCAUCAGCAUAUCCGUCGUGUACUAAUACUUCCUCUCAGUGA